UGAAUGUUAGCCUCUAGUCUGGAUGGCUGGAGUAUUUAAAGGUUGUCCAAACCAUCCCUCUGUCACACUCUCUCCCUCUAACUCUAUGCUGAAAUAUAUUGCUCUUCUCUUCCAAACUCCUUAGGUUGAUAGAAGAUGGCAACUGCAGGAAAAGUGAUUAAAUGCCGCGCUGCAGUGGCAUGGGAGCCAAGCAAACCCCUGGUGAUGGAGGAAAUUGAGGUGGCUCCUCCCCAGGCACAUGAGAUUCGCAUCAAGAUAGUGGCCACGGGUGUGUGUCACACUGACCUGUACCACCUGUUUGAGGGGAAACACAAGGAUGGCUUCCCUUGUGUCCUGGGCCACGAAGGGGCUGGGAUUGUCGAGAGUGUGGGGUCGGAAGUGACCAAGUUCAAUCCAGGUGAUAAAGUCAUCCCUCUGUUCAUCUCCCAAUGUGGCCAGUGCCGGUUCUGCAAGAGCCCAAAGACCAACCUGUGUGAGAAGGGCUGGGCCAGUGAUAGGUAUGAUGUGAUGUCAGAGUCAGACACCCGGUUCACUUGUAAGGGGAAGAAGGUGCUGCAGUUCAUGGGGACCAGCACUUUCUCAGAAUACACCGUGGUCAAUGAGAUCGCCGUGGCCAAGAUCCAUCCCUCAGCCCCUCUCGACAAGGUCUGUCUCCUUGGCUGUGGAGUCGCCACCGGAUAUGGCGCAGCCCUUAACACAGCCAAGGUGGAGCCAGGGUCUACAUGUGCUGUGUUUGGCCUGGGAGCUGUGGGGUUGGCAGCGGUCAUGGGUUGCAAAAACGCUGGGGCCAAGAGGAUCAUCGCCAUUGAUAUUAACCCAACCAAAUAUGAGAAGGCCAAGGUCUUCGGUGCCACAGAGUUUGUCAACCCCAAGGACCACAACAAACCCAUCAGUCAAGUGCUGCAUGAGAUGACCAAUGGAGGAGUGGACUUUUCCCUGGAAUGUGUGGGGAGUGUGGCCGUAAUGAGGAGUGCUUUGGAGUCGUGUGUUAAGGGAUGGGGAGUAAGUGUGCUGGUCGGAUGGACUGACAUGGAUGACUUUGCUGCCAGACCCAUUCAGCUCAUAGCUGGCCGCACCUGGAAAGGAUCUCUGUUUGGAGGUUUUAAGAGUAAGGAUGGUGUGCCCAAGCUGGUGAAUGAGUACCUGGAGAAGAAGGUGAAGCUGGAUGAGUUUGUCACCCACAACAUGACCCUGGCCCAGGUCAACGACGCCAUCCAACUCAUGCAGACAGGAGACUGUAUACGGUCAGUCCUGAGUGUGGCACUGCAGUAAGAGGGUCAACUCAACCCAGCCAAUAUCACUUAAUUUUCCUGCUCAACCAAUCAAAGAGCAAAACUAUACAAUAUGGCUUGAUAAACCAAUGAUUCACUAUAUCACAAUAUGUAUUAGUAGGGUUGAAUACUGUUGAAUUUAUUAUGGAUUUAUUAUGGAUAAAUGAAUAAACAAUAUCCCCAUUUUAAAUAGAAUUGUGUCUAGGUAAACUUAUACUCUGUAUCUUUAAUAGACAAUAUGAGUUCAUAAGAAGAAAUUGUGUGACAGGAGAAAGGAGUAAUAAAACCAUUCCAACUGGGCAGGAACAAAUGGGUUGUGGACUGUGUAAACACAUAAGGUCGUUAGCCUAUGGUUGACCCAACCUGAAACUUAGCUCUGGGGUUUUUAGAUUAGGCAGAACCUGUCAGUUCAGUUCAGUGGUGAUCGAUAAGGUGAUCGAUAAUGUUGAGGGGUCAAAAGUUAUCUGGGAGUGUGUUAGUAAGAUAGAAUGAACUUUUCACCUUACUUUGUCCUGUCGAGAGGGGG